AUGGCACCUCAGGAUGAGCGUUGCUGCGGUAUCGAUCGCGCAAGGAAGAUAGUAGCCGAGAGGAGGGAGGCAGAGAAGGAGAGGCAGAGGGAGGCGAAGAAAAUGAGGAAACGGGAGAUGGAGAAAAAACGGGAGAGGGAGAGGGUAGAGGACUCGGGGAGAAGGGGCGAUCGGAUUGAAGUCACCCCCCCUCCAACCAACACAAUCGACCGUGUUAGUCACCCCCCCCUCCAACCAACACAAUCGACCACGUUCAAGCUAACGAAUAGUCACCCUGUCUCUCAAAGCAAAGUGCUGGUUCUGAAGUCGAUAGAUAGCGUGUGA